AUGCGUGGGGGUGGCGAAUUCGCCGAGUCGUGCGGCCAACGCGCGAGGAUGUGCCUCGACAACUCGACGCUCUUCGGCUUCGCCAACAACACGACCAUCCCCGAGCUUCCCAAAGAUUUAAAAUUCAACAACAAUCACCUGGUCGUCAUUAUCGUCUACAGCAUCCUCUUCGUCAUCGCCGCCAUCGGGAACCUCACCGUCUUCAUCACUCUCGUCCGGGGAAGACACAGGAAGAGCAGGAUAUCCUUGAUGAUCACUCACCUGAGUGUGGCCGAUCUCUGCGUGACCUUCAUCAUGAUACCCUUAGAGAUCGGUUGGCGGAUCACCAUCCAAUGGUUGGCAGGGAAUAUAGCUUGCAAAUUCUUGUUGUUCCUUCGGGCGUUCGGACUUUACCUUUCCUCCAACGUCCUGGUUUGUGUUUCGGUAGAUCGGUAUUUCGCUAUUCUGCAUCCGCUAAGAGUGAACGACGCGAGGCGACGGGGCAAGAUCAUGCUCCUCAUUGCUUGGAUCUUCUCAUUCAUCUGUGCUCUUCCUCAGGGGCUGUUUGUGUGGACUGGUUCUAAAAGGACACGGCUGCUAUACACGUGCUCUCAAAGGAUCAAAAAGAAUUUAAAACUAAAUACUUGUAUUUAA